CCCUUCUCGGCUGCUACUUACUCUUCAUUUGUGUUUCAUUGCACACAGAUUAUUUUGUAGACGCAUGACCGCCAAAAGGAGGAAGACUUCGCACACGGCAGAGUCUGAGGGCUGGAAUGCCCGGCGAUUUCCCAACCACCUCUGUGCGCAAGGACGGCCGGAGUGGCAGUGAACACCCUGGCGAACUGCAGAUGCCGUCUGCCUUCUCACUAGUGAGGGCACCACUAAUGUUUGUGCAAAACUGGCUGAGUCCGCUGUUCGAGCGGCCCCAGGCAUAUACCAAGUCACCGGCACAGUCCUCGCAGUGGCCGUUCCACACAGCUAGCCGCACCAACAAUGGGGGACCGCGACACCGGCUACUGGAGUUGCAAACGACACCACGGGCAUUAGGAAACGCAGGCCGCUGGAGUACACGGGCACGCCUGGGUUUGAUAGCGGCGGCUGGAUUACGCCUUCGUCGCAGGGAUCGUUCAGCUUGCAGUGGUCGCCAGUGGAGCUGCCCAUGGUCAGCAGAGAAGUCUGAUUCGCAAUCGCGGAAGAGCUCCAGUGUCACAGCGGGUCAGAGAAGAGCGCGCAGGCGAGAGGCAAGCGCAAGUAGGGAGAGGCAGCGAACUGCACCAUACCCGAGCGAGAUAUCAGGCCUGGGCCUGGAGCAGCCAAAAGAGGAGGCGAAGACACCGGCCUACGAUGAAUCACUGGCAGAGGCCACUGAGCUGGACAGGAAACUGGAGGAGAGGCGGCUGGAGGGGAUCUUUACGCUACCCAAGGAUGCUUCCCAAUGUAAUCAAAGAGGCGCGGGGCCCGUCAUCAAUUUCUACAUGCUGCUGAUUAACAAGCGGUCUGGAAGUAAUCCAAAGCUACCCAAGGUACAUGCGUUCAGCUCAUUUUUCUUCAAUAUGCUGGACGGCAGUGGAUAUGCCCGCGUGAGGCGGUGGACACGGCGCAUUAAUCUGUUUGAAAAGGACAUGGUGGUUGUGCCGGUAAAUAUCGACAACCGCCACUGGGUGUGCAUGGUGAUUGACUUCCGCAGCAAGUGCAUUACCUACUACGACUCGAUGCUGAGCGGCGAUUACAGGCGUCGGGAUGUGCUGCUGAAUUACUUGCGUCAGGAAUCUGAGGAUAAGCUCAAAAAACCGAUUUGACGAGACCGGGUGGGCUACGGUGUGUGCCACUGAUAUCCCGACGCAGGGCAACGGAUACGACUGCGGCGUGUUUACGUCGGCAUUCGCCGAGUAUGUGUCGCGGGAUGCGCAUUUAGUUUUUUCCCAGAAGCGCUGCGGAUUUUUGCGCGAAAAAAUGGUCUAUGAAAUUGCGACCAUGAAGCUUAUAUCUUGAUUGUUAAUUUAAAGUAUUUUACAUCGUGG